GUUAUCUGGUUUUUAAGUGAAUUUUUCUUUGCUACUCGAUUUUCGUUUUUGACGGUGAUCGGUGUUCGUUCGUCAAUUUUUUUUCUACCAUUCCUUCUAAUGUAUAUUAAUUAUUCUAUAGAUAAUUAUCGUGUGUGACUUUAAACGUAAAUAUUACUAUUCUAGGCCCGAUUUUUGGGCGAGUGUUUAUAUGUAUUCAUGGUAAUAGUUAUUGUUUUAAUCGACUUAACUAGUUAAUUGCACUGUACCUACCUAGUUGGCGUUUUAUAUUGAAUACUAUCAUCACUUGAAUGGCGGCAGAAUCGACGAAUUAGUACAAUGUUAUGACAAACUACUUGACUACUAUGGAAGAUAGGAACACAGAAUUCCAGCGCAAAGAAGGCUGUAAACUCAAAGGAAACUCUUGCUGUGCGCUUAAACACGCUGUACGGUCUUUAACUAAUUUAGAUGACUUUACGAGUGAACGCAUUGGCGAAGGUUUCUUUUCUGAGGUGUACCGCGUUACUCAUCAAACGACCGGAAAAGUCAUGGUCCUCAAAAUGAACAUUAAGCAGUCAAACCGUUUUAAUAUGCUCAAGGAAGUCCAGCUAAUGAACAAGCUAUCGCAUCCCAAUAUACUCGGGUUUGAAGGAGCUUGUGUUUACAAAGGCACACUUCAUGCUUUAACAGAGUACAUAAAUGGUGGAAGCUUAGAACAAUUAUUAGAAUCGGAUAAGGAACUUUCAUUUAAAGUUCGAAUGAAAAUAGGCCUUGAUAUUGCAAGAGGCAUGCAAUAUCUCCAUUCGAGAGAGAUAUUUCACCGUGAUUUAACGUCAAAGAAUAUUCUUAUUAAGAAAAAUGAAUUGACUGGAAGUUUAACUGCGGUCGUUGCCGAUUUUGGUUUGGCUGCAAAAAUUCCCAAGAAAGGUCAAAGGUUACAACAAGUCGGCUCGCCUUGGUGGAUGUCUCCCGAAUGUGUCAAAGGUCAAGUGUAUAAUGAAAGCAGUGAUGUAUUCAGCUAUGGAAUUAUUUUGUGUGAAAUAAUAGCCAGAGUCAAAGCCGAUCCUGAUAUUUUACCAAGGACGCAAAAUUUUGGCUUAGACUACAUAGCUUUUGUCGAGCUUUGUUCAUCUUGUCCACCACCUACUAUAUUUCUAAAAUUAGCCUUUUCGUGUUGUCAUUUGGAUGCUAAAUCACGACCGACAUUCAAAGAUAUUGUCCAACAAUUGGAAGAGGCACUGGCGUAUCCACUCGCGAUGAACUCGUCUUUAACCGGAUCGCGUAGGUGUCCAGCCGUUGCAACUCGGUCCAAUCCUUGCUCAACUACUAUGGUGGAAGCACGAAGUGAAGAGUUCCUGUUAAAGGGUGAUGUACCCGAAGAAAACAAUCACAAAAAAUUGUGUCAUAGUAGAUCGUUAUCCGAAGACGAAGGCAUUUUAGCAUUUCCAGCACACACAGCUCCCUCAGAUAAAGCACGAUGUCAUUUUGUACAACCUCUUCGUUAUGUGGGUGAAAGCAUGUGCCGUAAAGACCCCCAUUACAAACCCUGCCCGUCCAAAUCAAAUCCUUUUCAUAAAUUGGAUGCCAAAUUUCAAGGUGUCAGAAAGAUACUAGCGUCGACAAAUGGUUCGGAUUUGUUUUCUUCAUGCUGUGAACUACCUUCGCCUGGCUACAGUGAGCCAGACAGACGAGGCUCGUUGAGUGUUUCGAGCAGCGGAACACUAACGGCCAAAUCGUCUACACCCAAAGAAAAACACGCUAAAUCGUCAAAAAAAUGUCGAUCAAACUCAUUACCAUCAUCUCCUCGUACGUCCAGAACCAGUGGAAGACGAUGGAUGUCUCUGGCCAAUUUAGCGAGUACAACUGACACAUUUCCUACGGUCAACGUUGAGUCGUGUUGGACUAACCUCACGAUGCCAGUAAACGCUGGCGUAACGACCCUGAGACGAAGAGGCUCGUGCGAAUCGGGGUUCUACAGUAGUGUUUGUGAUGAUUUUUGUCUACCAGGACUCGAGUGCCAACACGCGACCAAUGCUUCGUCCGUGACAUUGUCAUCUGGUUCGGCUACGUCAUCUUUGUUCCUAGACUCGACUGGUGAUGAACACCACCUCAGACCUGGCGGAUAUUGUUUCCACCAUAGUAAUACACAUCAUAGUUCUGAUGAUCUCUCGACGUAUAAUGAUUGGGACAAUCAUCAGAGAACUCGACAUAUAAGUAAAAUUGUCGAAUAUUUUGAAGAAAAGCAGAGUCAGAAGGAGACGCAUUCGUCUGUACGACCAAAGCGUUCAGGCCUCGUGUCUGGAGUUUUACGGCGUGCGCCAAGUGUACAAAGCCCGACUAUUUGCGGCAAACGAAUACUAGUUUGCGAAGGAGCCGUUCAGUCAAAGUUAAAGCUUUUUGAUAGGAAAUGAAAUUUCUAAUCAGGGUGCUACUUACCAAUUAUAAUUUUUGUUUUGUAAUACUAUUAUUAUUAUCAUCGGUUGGUAAUUUUUCCAAAAUCGUUUUGUCUAGUCAUAGGUACCACAAAAUGCCAAAACAGUAUAAUGUUUAUUAAAACCAUAAUGAUAAUAUUUAAUACAAUAGUUGCCAUAUUUCUUUUCUUUUUAACAUAGAUAUAUGGGGGGGUUGAAAAUGUAUAAAAAAAAAGUUACGAGUAUUAUAAUUUUUGUUCUUUAUUUUUCUUUUUUAUUGAGGGAACUAUUA